AUGAAAAAACUCAUCGAGUACAUUGACGGAAACGAGGGUGAAGAAGAAGCCAUCAAAUUAUUGUGUCUUCACUCUAAACUUCCAAAGCGGCAACAGAAACUGGUCUUUGCAAAAGACGAGGGAAAACGAAAGAUCAUUCUUUCUACAAAUCUUGCUGAAAGCAGUGUCACGAUUGAGGAUGUCGUUUUUGUGAUCGACUCUGGAUUGGCUCGAGUGGUUCGCUUCUCUCCCGAAACGAACACCAACUACUUUUGUACAAUCAACGCCUCACGAGCAAAUUGCUUGCAAAGAAGGGGCCGUGCUGGGCGUUGUCAAGAAGGAAAGUACUACUUAAUGGUUCCAAAGGAGAAAUAUGACAGUUACCACGAAUUCAACGAAUCAGCUCUACGGAAUACAACUCUCUACAAUGUCUACUUGACAAUCAAGGCACUGAAACUCGGAGAUGUAGAAGAUUUUCUGGGAAGAGCCCCAUAUCCGCCAUCAAGCUUGCGAAUCGUAGAAGCAAGGUGUAAGCUACAAGAGAUCGGAGCUCUCGAUGUGCACGAUCGGUUGACGGCUCUUGGCCGGCUUCUGGCUGAAAUUCCACUCGAAGUCGAUCUUGGAUCAGCGCUCAUUCUUAGCCGCUUAUUUGGUGUUCACGAUCAUGUUAUCAAGCUCAUUUGUAACACUCAAAAUGCUCCAUGGAAUUUAAUUUUGGAAUGGAAGGCUUCCGAGAAAAUCAAGGAGCUGAAAAACAGCUACAAAAAGAAGAUCCCAACGCCAUCGGAUCAUGAAGUGAUGAAAUUAGUGGCUGAGAAAUUUGCGCUACUUAACGAAGCGGAACAGAGAGCUUUUCUGAAGAAGUAUUCUUUAGAUGGUGGUGCGAUGUGGGAAGCAAGG